CAUGACCGUAUGCGGGACCGACGUCUGCUCAUAGCAGUGAGGAGCUCCACAAGGUUCGGCAAGCAAAUCUGGAACAGUAUACAGACAAAGGUAAGACCUCUGCCAGCACUUCUCUUCACAGCAUUCCGCCAUUAAUCCAAAACGAGAGAGAUGGAGGUGGGAGAGGGCGGAUUUGUCCGCGCGGACCAAAUAGAUCUGAAGAGCUUCGAUGAGCAGCUUGAGAGGCAUCUUAAUCGCACAUGGACGACCGAAAAAAGCAAGAAGGAAACAGAGAGUGUCGAAAAUGUCCGGGUAGGCUUUGCUCCCGGCGGAAGCAGCAGCAAUGUUACAGUUAAAAUGAGGGAAGAAUGGGAGAUUGAUCCCUCGAAGCUCGUCAUCAAAGGGGUCAUAGCCCGCGGCACCUUUGGCACCGUCCAUCGCGGUGUCUACGACGGCCAGGACGUCGCUGUGAAAUUACUUGAUUGGGGAGAGGAAAGCAGUAGAUCAGAAGCUGAACUUGCUCAAUUGCGUGCUGCUUUUACACAGGAAGUUUCAGUUUGGUAUAAACUUGAUCAUCCCAAUGUAACAAAGUUCAUAGGAGCUCUAAUGGGUGCUAGUGAACUAAACAUACAAACUGAAAAUGGCCAACUUGGCAUGCCUAGCAAUAUCUGCUGUGUCGUUGUGGAGUAUCUUCCUGGGGGGGCACUUAAAUCAUUUCUUAUAAAAAAUCGAAGAAGAAAGCUAACUUUCAAUGUUGUCAUACAGUUGGCGCUUGAUCUUGCAAGAGGGCUAAGCUAUCUUCAUUCAAAGAAGAUUGUGCAUAGAGAUGUUAAGACUGAGAAUAUGCUUUUGGAUAAGACAAGAACAGUAAAAAUUGCUGAUUUUGGUGUUGCUCGUAUUGAGGCUCAAAAUCCUAAUGACAUGACCGGGGAAACAGGAACUCUGGGUUACAUGGCACCCGAGGUCCUCAAUGGCAAUCCUUACAAUCGUAAAUGCGAUGUUUACAGUUUUGGAAUCUGUUUGUGGGAGAUCUACUGCUGUGAUAUGCCAUAUCCUGAUCUCAGUUUCUCAGAGAUCACAUCUGCUGUUGUUCGACAGAACUUGAGACCAGAAAUACCGCGCUGCUGCCCCAGCUCUCUUGCAAGUACUAUGAAAAAAUGCUGGGAUGCAAAUCCUGACAAAAGACCUGAAAUGGAUGAAGUAGUAAUCUUGUUGGAGUCUAUUGAUGUAUCGAAAGGAGGGGGAAUGAUUCCUCUUGAUCAGCGUCAAGGUUGUCUCUCUUGCUUCCGUAGGUACAGAGGUCCAUGAUGAGGCAAAUAUAAUUUAUUACUGGGAUGCGCAAGAAAGAUUGUUCCUGUGAUCUUUAUUUCAUAUGCAGGAAGAUAGUUUACAGAAACUGGUAUGCUCAGUAGAAAAUUUGAGAGCUCUUUUUUCUUAUUUUCCAAAUGGUCUUUGUCAGAUAUGUACUGCAAGUAGUACUUUUUAUAUUCCUUUGAUGAAUACAAUCUGUUCUAGGAGUUUUUUAU